UAUCAAUCAACAUUCUUUAGGGCGGGUCGCUUUAUUUAUUAAUUCUUUGCUCAGUUUUGGUUUUUAUUUAUUUUAUUUCAAAUUCAUUUAAAUUUCAUAAAUACAAAUUAGCUCCUGCAGUAAAAUAAAGUGUUCAUAAAAAUGAAACCUGUGGAAAGUGUUAUUUUUGUUGCUAUAAUAGCAUUGUGUUUGGCACAAACAGCGAUGAGUAUUAAAUGUUGGGAAUGCCGUUCCGACAACGAUCCCAAAUGUGGUGAUCCCUUUGACAAUAGUACCUUAGUCAUUACCGAUUGCAGUCAAGAACCAGAACUGGAUUUCUUGCCAGGAGUUCGCCCAACCAUGUGUCGCAAAAUCCGCCAAAAGGCUCAUGGUGAGUGGCGUUAUUUCCGUAGCUGUGCUUACAUGGGAGAGCCCGGUAUUGAAGGCGAUGAACGCUUUUGUUUGAUGCGCACAGGCAGCUAUAACAUUUUUAUGGAAUAUUGUACCUGCAACAGCAAAGAUGGUUGCAAUGCUGCGGGUCUGCUAACAGGCAACCAGGUAGCAAUUGGCUUUACAACGUUCAUUGUGACAACAGUGGCUUGGUUCUUAAGGCAGUAAACAAGUACAACUAAAAGGAUCGUUUGUAUAAGUCCUUUUUAAAAAACUAAACUAGAAAAUAACUUCGUGCCUUCUUCGAAUAUUAAUUUAAUGUAGCAUUUUAUAGUUUUUAACAUUAUUAUGUUAAUUAACAUACUUAACUUUAUGCCGUCCACAUUCUGUUAGUAACAUUCCAUGUUGUAUUCAUACAAUUAUCAAGUAUUUUUUAUAUGUUUGUCGACUAUAUUUUUUACAAAUUAUAGAAUCUCGAGAUUAAAUCCGUCUCAGCAACAAAUUAUGUAGGUUUAUGCUUAUAUAAUUAUAUUGUAAAAUAAAUUUAUUAUACAUUUGCCGUGAAAAUUACAUAUUUUUUAUGUAAACCAAAUAAAUUUAUAAAUUUUUUAAGUAUAUAUAA